UAUUUAUCGCUUUUGAUUAUUACUUAGUCCAUCACUAGCAAAGCCGGCAAAUAAAAUUGUUUUCAAGUUAUUAUUUUUAAGUAUUAGCAACAAACAAAAAUCAAACCCCAAUUGAGAUGCAGGAUUUCUUCAGCGUGCUGCUGCCGGACGUGAAGAAGGAGCUGCGCCGCGGCAUCAUCGAGUGCUCGAAGCGUGGCCUCCUCCAUAGCACCAAGUGGCUGGCGGAGAUGCACCACGGGCUCUGCGAUGUCCAUAUCGACAAUGAGGCGCCGGACAGCGACCGGACCUUCAGCGAUUGCCAGCUGGAGGGCAUUGCGCCGGCGGAGUACAGCGACUACUUCCUGGCCAAGAGCUACUACGACGUGCGAGAGUACGACCGGGCGGCCCAUGCGGUCCGGAACUGUGAGUCGAGUGUGCCGCGCUUCUUGCACUUCUACGCCACGUACAUGGCGCGCGAGAAGCGCCGCCUGGACUCCACCACCGACCAGGCCAAUCUCACCGAGCCGAAUCAGAUGCGGGACCUCGCCGAUCUGCUGGCCACACUGCGCACGGAGUACGGCAAGAGCCGGUUAGAUGGCUACGGGAUCUACCUGUAUGGCGUGGUCCUCAAGGCCCUGAAUCUCAACCACGCCGCGGAGCAGAUGCUCAUCCAGGCCAUCCGACUGGUGCCCAUGCUGUGGGGCGCCUACCUGGAGCUCUCGCCGCUCAUAAUGGAGAAACAGAAGCUACUGAGCCUGCAGCUGGGCGGGCACUGGAUGCGGCACUUCUUCAUGGCGCACACCUACCUGGAGCUGUACCUCAAUGACGAUGGCUUGAAAAUCUACGAGGAUCUGCAGGCGUCGGGCUUUGGCAAGAGCAUCUACCUCAUCGCCCAGAUGGCCUUGGUCUAUCACAACAAGCGGGACGUGGACAAGGCCAUCGAGCUGUACCAGAACCUGCUCGAGAGCGAUCCCUAUCGCCUGGACAACGUGGACACCUACUCGAACCUGCUGUUCGUCAAGGAGAUGAAGACGGAGAUGGCCCAGUUGGCCCACAAGGCGGUCAGCAUCAACAAGUACCGCCCGGAGACGUGCUGUGUGAUUGGCAACUACUACAGCAUACGCUGUGAUCACCAGGUGGCCAUUUCCUACUUCCAGCGUGCCCUCAAGCUGAAUCCCAAGUAUCUGGCGGCCUGGACCCUGAUGGGUCACGAGUUCAUGGAGCUGAAAAACACGAAUGCCGCGAUACAAAGCUACCGCAAGGCGGUGGAGGUCAACAAGCGGGACUAUCGCGCCUGGUAUGGCCUGGGACAGGCCUACGAGAUCAUCAAGAUGCACUACUACAGUUUGUACUACUUCAAGAUUGCCCACCAGCUGAGGCCCUACGACUCCCGCAUGCUGGUGGCUCUGGGCGAGACGUACGAGAAGCUGGACAAGUGCGAAAACGCGGUCAAGUGCUACUGGAAGGCCAUCGAUGUGGGCGACAUCGAGGGCAUUGCCAUGUACAAGUUGGCCAAUCUGCACGAGAAGCUGGGCGAUCAUGAGACGGCGGUCCAUUGCUACAUUAUGUACUGCGAGGAUGAGCGGGCGGCCACCGAUAAGCAGAGCCUCUACCAGGGCUUCAUCACCCUGGCCAACUACUACGAGAAGAAGGGUGACUACGACAGGGCCGCCUUCUAUGCCUACAAGUGUCUGGACUCGGAUGAUCGCAAAACCGAGGCCAAGGCCUUGCUCAAAACCAUCGAUUGGAAACGGGAUUGUCAAAAGAAAACUGUGAAACCCACGUCUGCUGUGGUGGCCAAUGCGGAGACCAGCUCCGAGGAUGAAAUGGAGUGGGAGUUGCCAGACGUACGAGCCCGCGUGGCGGCCGGAACAACCACAUCGUCAUCAGCCCAAGCAGGUACAAGUAGUAGUUCCACGAGUAACCUGCGCCCAGGCCGAACUCUAGUCGAGGGCAUGCGCCGAACGCAGUCCAGCACCAAGACGAGUCUCGCACCAACCGCUGACAACAGCAGCUCCACAACCAUACCCACUCCUGGCACUUCUGCCAACGCUGCAACGGAUCAGCCAGGCUCGGAUGAGGCCAGUUCCAUGGAAAUAUCCAGUGUGUCCAUCGAUUAGAUGUGCUCGAAGGCAACAAUUGUAAAAAUUCCGUUUUGUUUUUAUGAAUUAUGUAAAUGUUUUCGAAGCCUAAGUAAAUAGUUUGAACGAA